GGGCAGUUCAGGUAGCUGUUGUAAUCUGAAUGCGCCACGGACACCUGCAACAUGUUCACCAGACGAAAAGGAAAAGUAAACAUAGCAGGAGGACACAGGACAUUGCUGGUCGUGUCGGUGUUGGUGUUACUGGUCAUGUAUGUCACUUUUUUUCUACAGCCUCAAAACACAUUCAAAGUUGAUUGGAGCUCUGGUUUUUCUCAAGAUGCUUCCAACCCGAGAAGGAAUUAUGCCCUUGAGUCAAAACAGUUGGCUGGACAAUGUCUAUUGAAGGUGGACUGUCCUGAAGAUCAGCUCAGCUUCUACAUUCACAGUGGAGCUGGUAACCUCAUUCCUCCUAAGAUGUGUCUGCAGAACACCGUGGUUCUCGGUGCAGCAAAGAACAACUUUGGCUUUGGGAUAAACAUUGUGAUUGUAGACGGUAGAACAGGAAAUGUCAUCAAGACUGAUAGCUUCGACAUGUACGCUGGUGAGGUUCAACCUCUGAUAGCCUUUCUGCAGAGCAUCGAGCAGGGCUCUGUCGUGCUGAUGGCCUCCUACGAUGAACCAGCAUCAAAGUUGACCGCCGAUGCGAGGAAGCUGAUUGCUGACCUGGGCAGUUCUUCUAUUCAAUCACUGAACUUCAGAGACAGCUGGGUGUUUGUAGGUGGGAAAGGAGCCUCGGUACAUAACACCUUUGAGAAGCAUAUAAAGAAUGAGCACGCAACCAAUAAAUAUAAAGACUGGCCAGAGAUGGUUGAAAUACAAGGAUGCAUCCCAAAAUUCAUACCAUGAUCUGCUGCUUUCUUCCAAAAACAUAAAACCAAGAAACAGACACGAGGCAAGAAGACACAAAAUGGAUUCAGAAGUGGCCAUUGUUUGAAGAAGCUAAAUCUGCAGUAUGCAAAAGUUUGGGCACCCCUGAUAAUUUUCAUGAUUUUCCUUUAUAAAUCAUUGGUUGUCUGGAUCAGAAAUUUCAGUUAUAUAUCAUAUAGCAGACAA